UUGCAACAUAACACUGAUCAUCUGACACUGACAUGACAUUGGAAAAUUUUCAUAGAUCCAACGUCAAAUGUGAAGUUCCAAUGUAUUAACAGCCAAGUAUAUUCCGCAGUGCCGACGAUUUGAGGACAUUAUUUCACAGAUUUGGAGCAGAAGGUAAAGACCGACGAACAGAAAAGGCGAGGCUGCGCCUGAGGAGCUAGGCCAACUACUUUAUACGAUAUUGUUUGACAUUCUGUGACAAAGUACAUUUGUUCAUCCAAUGAGACACUGCUUAAGCGGGACAGGAUGAUGACUGAAAGGACAACAAUGUUUCCUGCGUCCUUUCUACUCGUAUUAUUACUCUUGCAAGUUGUGACGCCUUCGCUAGGCCUUUUACGUCUGGUGGGUGGCGGUUCUAACUACGGGAGACUGGAGUUGUUCUACAAUGGAGAGUGGGGUACUGUCUGUGAUGACAACUUUGGGGUACUUGAUGCACAGGUCGCUUGUCGUGAACUUGGUCUAGAUACAUUUUUGACCACUUUUUAUGGAAGUGCAAGAUACGGUGCAGGAACAGGUUCAAUCUGGUUGGAUGAAGUGGAAUGUACCGGUUCAGAAUUAACCUUAGAUAGCUGUUCUCACAGUACUUAUGGCAUUACUGAUUGUUCUCAUUCUGAGGACGUCAGCAUUAAGUGUGGGUCACUCACAGAUGGAGAAGGUUUGGAAGGUAGCUUACGUUUGGAAGAUGGUGGUAGUAACUACGGAAGAUUAGAAGUCUUCUACAGUGGUUUUUGGGGAACUGUCUGUGAUGAUAGUUUUGAUAUAUUGGAUGCAAGGGUCGCCUGCCGUCAGCUUGGCUUGGAUACAUCAUCCAUAAACUACUAUACUGAUGCAAGAUUUGGUUCUGGGACUGGGACAAUCUGGUUGGAUGAAGUAGACUGCUCUGGAUCUGAAUCAAACUUGAACGACUGUAAUCACGAUACAUAUGGUACACAUGAUUGCACGCAUUUGGAGGAUGUUGGCAUUUCGUGCGGAGCAACAAACAUUGGAGGCACUACAUCAUCAUCUUUGUCUGGUGUCGGAAGUUGGAUAGGUGGUGCUAUAUUCAUCAUAGCGAUAUGCGUGGUGGCUGUGGUGUUCAGACGGAGGCGAAUGCACGCGAUGCGUCAACGUCAAAAUACCAGGUUCAUCCAGCCACCUGUUACUACUACUGUCCAUGUCACUGCAAACCCCAAUGCCCCGGGGACCACACCUAUGCCUACUUACCACCACACCCCUACACCUCCGCACCAACCUGGCGGAUACCCCACUCAGACCUUUACACCAACUUACCCGCCCCCAUCAACAGGAGGUGCUCCACCGGCGAACCCUUACCCUGUGCAGGCUUUCCCACCUGCUGCGCAGUACCCAGCACAACCCCCACCAGGUACCACACCCUACCCUCCACAAGCCGGUGCUCCUUACCCACCACCAUCUACAGCAGGUGCACCACCCUACCCGCCCCAGUCGACACCAGGUGCACCACCCUACCCGCCCCCGUCUGCAGCUGGUGCACCACCCUACCCGCCCCAAUCGACACCAGAUGCACCAGCCUACCCGCCCCCGUCUGCAGCAAGUGCACCGCCAUACCCGCCCCCAGGAUCUGCACCCUACCCUCCCCAGCAACCUGUUGAUGCAUCGGCUGCGUACCCUCCUCAAGGUGGUAACGUUCCUUUAGAAGACCUCCCCCCUCCACCCUCUUACGAUGACACUGUCAGGCAGUAGUAAAAAGGGUUAGUUUCCAGACCCGUUUCAUCGUAUCCUAGUACCUCUGCUCACAUGUUCUCCAUAUAGAAUUUAUCAAUAUUGUAUCCUUUUAUAUUCCCUUACAUACUACCGGUAUACAUGAGAUGUGUGCAGGGUGUGAAUGUCAUUAAGGUAAAUGUUAUUCAUUUCAUUAGCUUGUGUAGUGAAAAGCUAGAGAAGUAGUAAGCUAUGACUGUUGGAAGUUUAGGUUGGAGCUUGUGGUGCGGAUGUAGUCCAAGGCAGGUCUUAACUUCAUGAUACAAACAGAAGCUAGAGGAACAAAGCGCACACAAAUAUAUUGUUCUGACUGGCUGCCAGAAAUAACAAAAAACUAGCCACACUUUCGUUAAGCUUCAGACCUAUGUCGUAGAUGGCAUUGUUUCUGAUGCAUUACGACAAUAAUUGGAAUAAGAGCUGCAUACUUUCUCGAGUCAGCAACAAGUCCACCAGAUGGAUAAGUGAGCCCGUAAAUAUAUCCACUUAACGUGAUACAUCCAUGAACAGAGACUUAGGACCAUACACACUUUCUCUAAUGUACAAUCCCAAUUUACGAUAUCGUCGUCUUGCCUCAGCACCAGUGCCAGCUAUGACUUGGGUCUAAAGAAGCUCGCAGCACAAAUGUAAACGCUUACCAAAACGGGUAAUUUUUCUACUUAAUUGUGAGAGAAAAAUCCCCCAAAUGCUAUCCCAGACUCCAUCUGGUAGUAAUGAAAGAACUCAAAGGGUCAUUCAUCAGAGUAAAUUCUGUGUGCACCAAAUUUUAUGCAAUUGUGUUUGACUUUUCUACUUCCAAAUGCUUUCCCAUUAUAUAGGGUACAAUUGUGGUAUUCAGUAGGUCUCAAGUUUCUCUUUACAAAAGUUUGGUCUAAGGCUGAAAUUUUGAAUGUAGACUAUGAGCAUGGGACUUGUAAACAUACAGAGCAUAAAUAGAUUAACUAACAAGUCAAGAUUAUUGUACAUGUACAGGACCAUUGAUUUACUUUUCAAGCAUAACCUUUUUCUUGUCAUCCCAUGUACAUCAACAAACUGGUAUUUGUUAGCAAUAACUGAAUAAUAUUUACCCCAACGUUUUGAAAGGUAAACCUUUGAUACAACAACUUAAGGAAAGAAAAUGACCUUGAAUACCAGAUAUUGGUUAUUUAGUGAUUGUCAAACAAGUGCAAAAAUAGGGAAAAUGUAUUAACCCCUGUCAUGUUACAGCAUUUUAUUCAAAACAUACAGGUAUUUAAGUGUGUCAGAUAUUGGGCUCAUUUUCCUAGCUCUAUUUAUAUGCCAAAAUGUUAACUGUGAGUUGUCACCAGCAAUAGACAUUAAAGGGUGUGGUUUAAAUUGGUCAAGUAAUAUAUUGUUGGGCACAAAUAUGUCCCUACAGCACAGAGAGAGAGAGAGAAUAGCACAAGUAAUGUAAAUUAUGCUGUGUAAGAUAUUUUCAAGGAGUUCCUCAGGGAACAUACAAAAUUGUGCCUCUUUUUGUUAUCAGUAAUAUGACAUAUAUGUAUCUGGCACUGACACUGUAAUGGUAUGUUACAAGAGGAUGUAAAUACUUAGCAUAAUACAUGAAUUUACACUUGAAUUGAGUACAUUUAUUAUGUAUGUUUUAAAGUCAUUUAAUUCACUAAGGAAGCAACAUGCAAGGGUAGAGAAAUCUUUUGAAAACUUAAAAAGAAAAGGAGCAUUGUCAUUCUAAAUUUCCCUGUGAAACUGCCACUGUUAUUAACAUGCCUACCUCCAAGAUUACUUAAUACAUCUUCUUUCAUGAAACAAAAAUAAGUUUU